CCCCACUUUUAUUUCCGUGUUGUCUUGUCGCUGGAGCUGGAGCUUUCUUUAAAUCCAGCCAGCCUCAAGAAAGUGCGCGAGCCAGCCAACCAACCAAUGACCGUGUCCCCGCACAAAAAGUCUCGAAACCCUCCGCUGCAUUUGGCAACAGGCUCCACCACCGUCCAAUGAUCACACAUUCCCUUCGCUUCGCUGCCCUGCUCUGCUCUUCCCUCCCCUUCCCUUCCAGUACUCCUGCUUUUCGGCCCUCGCUCUUCCGAGCUCCCAAGUUGGGCUUCAGUCCAAGCACUGGAUUCUCUCACCCAAAGACUUCCACCUGAUCCAUCCAUACGCCGUGCCAAUCCCCCACCACCAUAGCAGCUAGAAUAGUCGCCCCGGUGUGGCCCCCAUGCGCCCAAAACGUUACCAGUUUGUCAAUGACAUCACCUCCUCCACUUUGUCAUGUUCAAAGCUGCCUGGUCUCCCUCUUUUGUCAUCAUGCCCUUUCGCCUUUGGGGCGAGAGUACCGUUUGGAACCUUCCACUUGUUUACCAAUUUCGCAUGAAGCCACUCGCAGCCAGAUCACAGAUCAUGGUAAGUAAUAUCGAACGCUGAACCUCUUUUCGCAAAUAAUGUGCGAGCGCCUGUUCCAACGCUUUUCUCUCCGAGUCCCACCACCCCAUCUUUGGCCUGUUGCGAGCGCGCCUUGUCUUGCCUUCCCUUUUCGUUUGUCAUCAUUGCGGAUCUCGCAAAUGGAUAGCCUUUAGAUGUUCUUCCUGUUCCGAAGGCAUUUGAAAGCUGUGUCCAUUUAGUUCCAGCCGCUCAGCCGGUACUGUGCACAUCGAACACCAAACCUCUUUCUGCGGACCACUGCCACCUUUCAACGCAUCACUACCAGUUCCUCAACGACACACCACCUCCUCCUCCCACCAUCGUCAAGGCUGUCUUGUCCCUCGCACAUUCAUCCGUCAUCAAAGCUCCGUGGAUUCACCGAGCCCCUUGUGCUUUCCGAACUGUCGACCCGGCUUGGAAGCAUGAGAGCGUUUGUUUUAUGCACUGCCCUCCCCUCUGCGAGCCCGAAUGCUGCCAAUCGGUGCGCGCGCGCGAUCGACACCAGAUCGACCUCAUCGUCAACCCGCGCUCUGAUGCAGCUUUCGCCAAAAUUGUCCGCCUCCUCCUCCUCCUCCUCCCUGUACUCUGCGUGGUCAAAAACAGAACAGCUUCGCUUUCGCAUAUUCUGCGCUGCUUGUUCUCAGAUGCCAUUUCUUUUUCUUUUCUCUUUUGUCAUCAUGGCUUAGUGAGUGAGUCUUUCGAGUCUGUACCUACGGAAUCUUCUGGUUGUUUUAAGCCUGUGUUCAUUCACCCAAGAGCCAACCCAGUCCAUUUUGCUGCGGACUCCAAUUCCCACUCCUCUCCACUCCACUCCACCGCCCGUACUGCUCGUACGUCGUUCGACAGACAAAUUUCUCCCUCCCUCCCUCUCUCUCUUCCUCUUUCUCACCGUGUUUGUCAAUGACACUCCACCCCAUUCGCUUGGCAUACUCAAGGCAGGACUUCCUGGUCUUCCUUGCUCUCUCUCUCAAGCUUUUCUUUCUUGGUUGUCAUGAUAGCCCCGUUCUGGUGCCCUUCUCCAUCGAUCUAUCAAAGUGAAUGUACAUGUAGAACUUUCUAGUUGUUGCUGUUCAGAUGGAUCGACCUUUCCGUUAGUUCGGAUCCAUACACUUCCCAGCAUCUGACGUCUGUUUACAAAGGAAUGCAUCUUUGACCCCGUUCCAGCUGAUCUCGUCCAAAUGCUUUUUGUUUCGUCUGCCUAUUCUGGGAUUCAGAUUUCGGUUUGUACUCAUCCAUCAUGUCUCAUACAACACAUGGAUCAGUACAAUGCAGCCAUCAUCACUCACCGCAACUCACGACUUUUCAUCUCGAAAAUGAUUCUCGAACUUUACAGUUUGGAAUAAAUGAUGACUCUCGAGCUUUGACCGUAGUACUUUACGCUGUCGAAAUGCGACCCUUUACUCUCUGAACUCUGGCGUGGAAAGCAUGUGGCAUGAAUCACACUACUUUCUCCAAAUGGUUCCAUUUGCCGGGUCCUUGGUCUAGAUAUCCUUGCAGCUCAUUCACGGGCGACACUACACAUUGCUCUCUUUUGACUCAUCUACACUAAUUACGGCUUGCAAAAGCUAGAAUGUGUAAAUACAGUGUUCGGUAAUGCUCUAAUAUGCUCGACACAAUGUUUUCGAAACUCCAACCGAAAAAUUUUCUACCACCUUUUUUUUAUGAAUCGUUCAUGUCUUAAAAAGUUUCGGAAACUUGAUAUCACUUCCACUCAAUUUUACGAUGGAAAUGCUUAUAGUAGCCAC